GGAACAUCAUCGGCUCCGGGAUUUUCGUGGCCCCCAAGGGUGUCCUGUCCCACUCGGGGGCCGUGGGUCCGGCGCUGUUGGUUUGGGGUCUGACGGGGGCCGUGACGGCCGUGGGGGCCCUUUGCUACGCUGAGCUGGGGGUUUGCAUCCCCAAGGCCGGGGGGGACUACGCCUACGUCAACCACGUCUUCGGGGGGCUCGUGGGUUUCCUGCGGCUGUGGAUCUCGGUGUUGGUGAUCUACCCGACGAACCAGGCCGUCAUCGCCCUCACCUUCGCCAACUACGUCCUGCAGCCCCUGUUCCCCGACUGCCACACCCCAGAGCCCGCACAGAGGGUCCUGGCGGCCGCCUGCCUCC